AUGAGUAAGCUCUACAUGACAGAUGACACUGCUCAAGGGCAGAAUUUUCCAAUUGUACGUUGUACUCAAGUACCUCUACUUCCUGGUGAUGCUUAACGAUAUGGAUUCGAUGGUGAUAAUUAUUCUAUGAUUUUUUUUUGCUCAAUAUGGUCUUAUUCGUUGUGGAAGAAGAAACGUUUAAUGAAAGAAGUCGAGCUGCGAUAUGAAAUUAAGUGCGAUUACGGUGCUUAGUUGUAAUUUAAUUUGGGGGUUCGUUGACGCGCAGUAUACAUGGACUAAGAAUAAUUUCAAUCAGUCGAUGUGCGGUAAAGCAGCUUGCGAAGACUUGGUAGUGGAAACGGUGCAGGGAAAAGUACAAGGUAGAGCUUUCGAAUCGGUUUUAAAUCAGGCUGAGUAUUACGGAUUUCUCGGUAUACCUUAUGCUAAACCACCUGUUGGAGAUUUACGAUUCCAAGCUCCUGAACCCGCCAGCUCUUGGAGUGGCACUUACCCGGCUCAUUAUGAGAGGCAUAUUUGCGAACAGAUAAUCAUGGUUACCGAACUUCUUCACAUUAGUUCCGAAGAUUGCUUGUAUUUAAAUGUUUACACGCCGGAAGUGCCGGGUAAAAUUGAUAAACCGAAACCUGUGAUGGUAUCGAUUCAUGGAGGAGGUUUUAUGCUUUUCACCGGAUCCAGGUUGUUUUUCUCUCCUGAUUAUUUGAUCACUCGAGAUGUUGUGAUUGUGACGAUAAAUUAUCGAUUGGGAGUUUUGGGAUUCCUAAAUUUGGGAGUACCAGAAUGCCCUGGUAAUAUGGGUUUGAAGGAUCAGACCUUGGCAUUGAAAUGGGUUCAACAAAAUAUAGCCAGGUUUGGAGGUGAUCCGAACAACGUUGCCAUUAUUGGAGAAAGUGCCGGAGGAAGUUCAGUCAGUUAUCAUACCAUAUCGCCCUUGUCGAAAGGUUUAUUUCACAAAGCGAUAAUGCAAAGUGGAACUGCACUGAGUCCUUGGGCCUUAAUUUAUAAUCCUAUUCUUCAAGCAUUUGAAAUUGGUAAAAGAUGUGGGUACAGUGGUAAAGAUCCGAGUGAAUUAGUGAAAUUCUUCAAAACCAAAUCGAGUAUGUUCAUUUCUGUAGCAGCUGUUUCGUGGAUACUUCAUAAUCGACGAAAAUAUCCUGCGAGAUACAUCCUCCUGGGACCUUCUGUGGAAAAAAUCAAAGAAGGAGCAUUUUUACCUGACUAUCCUUUGAAUUUAAUGAAAUCCGCAGUACCAGUUCCUACAAUAUGUGGAGUCAAUAAUAAAGAAGGAAUAGCUGUGAUCGUAGGUUAUGAUAAUCAGUUCAUAGAAAAAGUGAGCAAGAAUUUCUCACUAUUUCUAACUGAUAAUUUUCCAAUGGAUCCGAAACUUGUUCCUGAAGCUAGCUCGAAAAUUAAACAGCUUUAUUUCGAAGAUAAACAAGUGGGGAUGGAAACUGCCAACGUGUUGGUAGAUCUGUACUCGGAUAUAACCAAUUAUUAUACUUAUGAUUCGUUGGAAUUUGUGGCCAAGUCAUCAACUCCUCCGUUUGUUUAUUAUUUCGCUUACGAAGGUGACCUGAACCUUGGAACUAAAUCAUUGAACUUAUUUACUGGAGUUGGAAUGAAAGGUGCUGUUCACGCUGACGAUCAAUUCUACAUAUAUUACCCGUACAUCAUAUCCAGUCUCAUAUCCAUAAAUAACAGAACUAGAAAAAUGAUCGACAUCAUGACCACAAUGUUGACAAAUUUCGUAAAAACUGGAAAUCCAUCCGGAGAUUUAAUUUGGAACGCGUCUAGUUUUGAUGAACCUGGCUAUUUCCUGAUCGAUAAAAACCCCAGAAUGGUGCCUGGAAAGUUCCACGAUCAGCGAUUUGAAUCAAUGAGAAGUAUUUUAGAUCCAGCUAUGAAACCAGGAGUCCGGCUGUAUGAUAUUUUUUAAUUCGUUCUUUUACUCGUUAAAUUGUGAUUCAUACACCUCUGUUAAUACUCAUUAAUGUCAUUAUACGCUUAUUUGUUUGUUUGUA